GGCUGCCUGUUCAUUGUACUGAGUCAGCGGCCAUGCGCAAAUGGAUCCAGAGGAGGGCUGUGCUGUGUAGGCUGUAGUCUACAUAAGAUCUGUGCCUGCGGGGCUGCACACUCACUGCCGACUUGGAAAUCACAGGCAGCAACUGGAGGCUUCACUUUGCAUUUGAAUCAUCUGAGAGACGCACUGAUUUUUAUUUUUGUUGUUGUUGUUGUUGUUUGUUUGUUUUAUGAGGAAAAACAUAAAUCCGGGAUAGUCUGACGGGUACCUUGGGAUCUCUCCAGCAAACCCUCCUCCUCCUCCUCCUCCUCCUCCUCUUGCUACUGACCAUCUCGGACCCCGCGGAUGCAGAGAGCAGCAACGAUGCGGCGGCUCUGCUGUUAACUCGUUGGACCCUCCUCCUCCUCCUCUUCUUCCUCCUUCUCUCUCUCUUUUUUUUUGUUUGCCGUUUUUUUUUUUUUUUUUUUGUAUCUAAAGGAGGCAGAAUAAACCCACAAUGAAGCUCAAGCCGAACCAGACCAGGACCUACGAUGGCGAGGGCUUCAAGAAACGAGCAGCGUGUCUGUGCUUCAAGAAUGAACGUGAGGAAGAGGUUCUGCUGGUCAGCAGCAGUCGGCACCCAGACCAGUGGAUCGUUCCCGGAGGCGGGAUGGAGCCAGAAGAGGAGCCGUGUGGUGCAGCAGUGCGGGAGGUGUUUGAGGAGGCUGGCGUGAAGGGCAAACUAGGACGUUUGCUCGGUGUAUUUGAGCAAAACCAAGAUCGGAAGCACAGGACGUACGUGUAUGUGUUGACUGUCACAGAAACGCUGGAGGCUUGGGAAGACUCCGUCAACAUAGGCCGUAAGCGGGAGUGGUUCACCGUCGACGAGGCCAUCAAAGUGCUGCAGAGCCACAAACCCGUCCACGCCGAGUACCUGAGGAGGCUCCAGCUCAGCUGCUCCCCAACCAACGGAAACUCCAUCCUCCCGAGCCCCCCGCCGAACGACAACUACCCCCAUUACAGCGCCACCGCCACCACUCCCUCGACGGGCAGCGUGUUGGGCACCUCCUGCAGAUAGGACUGCACCAAAACCUCGUGUCCUGUCCAGCUCGGGCACUUCACUGAAAGUCUGUACAGUCUUGCAUGAAUCUAACGACUUUUCAGAGUUACGGCUCUCCUGUAUGUAUAAUUUCUAGUCUUAGCUGCAGGACAGACCAAAGCCAUCGCCAGAACUGUGUUAAAGACUCGUGUGACAGAGCGGGAGAAGUCUCUGACAGAACAACUGUGGAUAUAGCUGUCUCAAGAACUCUUUUUCUUUUGCUGGCAAACACCAGACUGAUGAGCUGAAGCUUGGGAAGGAGAAGCUGCAGUGGACUCUGCGUGCAUUAAUGACCUGGUGAAGGAAUGCCUUACAGAAACUGUAUGAAUGUUGUAUUUGGGUUGUUUUAUUUCACUAAAGGCCAUUUUUAUUUUCUUUUUAGCAGAAUGGAUAUGCUUUCUAGUCAAUAAAAAGAGUAAUUGACCCCAAAGCACGUCCAUGUGGGGAAUGUUUCCAGACUUAAUAAUGUUUUAGUCAUCAACCCAUGAUGAUAACAGCAUAUAUCAUAUUCUACUACAUGGAUCAUGGAUUUAAAAAAAAAAAAAAGCCUGAGCAUUCAUAUGUUGCAUUUUAAUAUAAAGUGGGGAUUUUUUUCACACAAUGCAAUCACUAAUUAACAUUUUUCUAAAGAUUAAGUUAUUGGCCUAAAGUGAUGAAGCCACCUCCAACAUCUCCUUUCUACAAAAUUAAAUUGGGGAAAAUGUCAUGAUAGAAAUGUCUCUCAGCCCAAAAAGACAGGGUCAAAGGUCAAAGACGUACUAUCUCACAGGACUGUACCAGCUGUCAGAGAGUUGAUAUGAAACUAAAAACUGGAUAUGAGUCAUGAUGCUGUGUUUAUAGUUAAACUUUAACCUCUGAGGUUUUACACACGUCCGCUAACCUUGACUGUUCCAACAAACCGGUCUGUUGUCCAUUUAAAAGCCACAUACCUUUCGUCAGUGUUUACUGUUUCCCAUGUUGUCACAGUGAAAGUAUUUAAUGCUGUAAAAGUACAUCUCUGCCUUAGGUAUUGUGCUGCUAGGGUCAAUUGAGUUUAUUUCAACUCUGGUCAUUUAAAAAGUGGAUUUUUCUUCAAAUCAUUUGUGUAUUUUACUUUAAAUGAAAAUGACUAUCUCUAAAUUAAUGCUCAGCAGUUUUUAUCAUGACUCAUGGUGCUGCAAGGCGAUUGAAAACAAAACGACAACCAAAUGACGUAAUUUCCUUGUACUAUAUGAUUGUUUCCUUAACCACCUGCAGGUGACUAAGAUUACUUGAGCCUACGGCUGCAACUAACAACUACUUUCAUCAUAGUUGCAUUUGCCAAUUAUUUGCUUGAUUAAUCAAUUUAUGAUUUGGUCUAUAAAAUGUAGAAAAAGAGUUAUCACAGUUUCUCUCCAUCAAUUAAUCGUUGCAGCUCUACUCGUAUCCCACUAAGUCUGGGGCAGAUUUUACUGGUUCAAAAAAUACAACAAAAAUGCAGUUUUAAUAUACAUUUUUAUUAUUUCUUUGGGGUUUUUUGGUUGCUGCCUAAACAAGCUCAAUUUUGGGGUCAUCAUCGAGUCAGUGUCCGGGGCCCCUUCUUUCUCUCUCCAUGUGUCCUAUAUGUAUUAUAUACUGUCAGUUAAAGGCAAACACAACUACAACAACUACAUUUUGAAUAUGGAGACAGAAGUCCAAAGAAAAAUGGCUCAACUCAGCAGUUAAACUGUAAACAUUUGAUAACAAUGUUUUGCUUAUGUAAGCGUUCGCGCUGAAAAGAGACACCCACUCACUCCUGUGUUGACAGCUGAAUGACGACUAGUAACCAUACAGAGAUUUGUAAAUAGCUUUGAAGAGAAACAUUGAACAUGUGUUUUUAACCUGAAUGAAUCUGUAAAAUUUCUCUUAAUAUUUUAUAUAUUUUUUAACAAUGUAUAAAUUGCAGGAAAAAAACUGUGUAGAAAACCCACUGAGAACAGUAUGUACAGUGUAUUUGUAUCGAUGACAAUGUGCCACAGGUUUAGGAUAUGAAGGCUGGUUGGUUUGGGUCUUAGAAUGAAAUAGAGACGGUAAAAUUACUGCAUUUUAAAAUCACAAUUUGGUGAAAUCAGUGUCUGUCCAUUAGGAAUGAAGAUGAUCAGUGAGACGGCACGGAAUAAGGCCUGGAUAGAUUUAAUUUUAGAGAUGUUGGGAAAACUAAACACAGUUUUUACAAAAUAUAUAUAUACAUAGCAUCUUGCUGAUCAACUUGUGUGCAUCAGAUACUCAAGACUGAGUAUUAAUAUAGACAUAAAUGAUGAAAUUGGGUUUUUAUAACAUUUUUUGGGUGGGAUAUGUAGUUUUAGAAAAUAAAGCCAGGGCAGUAAUUAUCAGAGAAAUGUUUUGGAGGCUUAGGUAAAACUGAAAAGUUGAAUUGGUCAUACACUUUCACUUUCACAGACAAAUAUUAAUUGUCUCGUUUAUUUCCCAUGUGACCCAGACUUAUCUUUCAAAACUCAUUUCAACUGCUCCAUUGCAGUGUUUUAUCUGCAGUAUCAUAAACUCUGAUACACCAAUUCAGCCCUCAUAAACUUUCAGCCUAGUGUGGCGUAAAUAAGGACUCCAACCACCUCAAACCUCUGUGUGUGUGUGUGUGUGUGUGUGUACGUGUGUGUGUAUGUGUGUAUGUGUGUAUGUGUGUGUACGUGUGUACGUGUGUAUUGUUGGUUGAUGAACGUGAAAUAUGAUGUGCCAAACUGAAAAAAAAUUUUGGUGUUCAGGUGGGAAAAAAGUUUUUAUGUCACAUUAAAUUAUACAGAUUUCUAGGCCAAAAUUAUAAUAACCUUAAACAUUGUUAUGAUUCACUUAAUUAAUGUAAUUUCAGAAUAUAACUAUUAUAAUGUGAACAAGUGUGUUUUAAGAGCUGCAUCCUUCAAUGUUGAAAUAAUGAUUAAUGAACCACAUGCACUUAUUCUUUUUACCCCAUACUGUUUUUAAAAUCCACUUGCCAUGUGACAUAAAGUUAACUCAAACCCAUUAAUCAUGAAGUUAUGUGGCUCAGUGUCCCCCUGAAACACCUUCUGUCUCCAACUGUUGGACCCUGUGUUUGAUGCUUGGGUCUAUGUUGAACUGUGAAUGCUGCUUGUAUGGAGUAAAGCAUGACAGUGCGGAUACGAAUCCAACAAAUGAAAUGUAUGCGCUCAAGUACAAAAAAAAAUGUAAGACACUAAAGGACCGGUGUCGUGUGUGUUUGGUGGAUUUUGGACAGCUUGAUUGUUUGCUGAACACAUUGUAAUGUCACAUGGGUGUAUACGGAGAAUUUUACUCAAAUCAACUGAAAUAUUUGUCACCAUUUUGUCAUGAAUAUUAUGCACAAAAAAGUUUCAUGUGAACGUGAUUUGAAGACCUGGACUGGAAAGAUUGUUUCUGAGAAAAAGAUUGCAUUAAAGGGGGAAAAAUCUUAUUGCAA